GCCAGACCCCAGUCUCCAUCACUGGCCCCCCUGAUGGCAGUUGGCACUUCCCUCUGAAACCUGCCAAGCUGGACGCCACAGCUUUGAACGACUGCACUUUGGCUGCCACUGUGUCCUCUCCUGAGAAAACCAACCAUGCAGACCUAGCCUAUAAGGCGGGCGUUCAUGAAGAGCACUAUGUAAGUGAAGCUGUGGAAAAUGAUGUGCCAGACUACAGGGAGUACAGAGAUGCCGGCACCAUUACUGAUGUGUGCAAUAGUACCGAUCUUCCCGAAGUUGAGAUCAUCAGCCUGCUGGAAGAGCAGCUGCCCCACUACAAGCUAAGAGCAGAUACAAUCUAUGGUUAUGAUCACGACGACUGGCUCCACACGCCUCUCAUUUCUCCUGAUGCUAACAUUGACUUAACAACUGAGCAAAUAGAAGAGACACUGAAAUACUUCCUUUUAUGCGCUGAAAGAGUGGGCCAGAUGACUAAAACAUACAAUGACAUUGAUGCUGUUACACGUCUUCUUGAAGAGAAAGAGCGAGAUUUGGAAUUAGCUGCUCGGAUCGGCCAGUCAUUAUUAAAGAAGAAUAAAACUCUAACGGAGAGGAAUGAACUCCUUGAAGAGCAAGUGGAGCAUAUCAGAGAAGAGGUUUCUCAAUUGCGCCAUGAACUGUCAAUGAAAGAUGAACUCCUUCAGUUUUAUACCAGUGCUGCUGAAGAGAGUGAGCCAGAAUCUAUCUGUUCCACUCCGUUGAAGAGGAAUGAGUCAUCUGCAUCCGUCCAGAACUAUUUUCAUUUAGAUUCUCUUCAGAAGAAACUUAAGGACCUUGAAGAAGAGAAUGUCGUGCUUAGAUCAGAGGCCUGCCAGCUGAAGACCGAAACCAUUACCUAUGAAGAGAAGGAACAACAACUUGUAAAUGAUUGCGUGAAGGAACUCAGAGAUGCAAAUCUCCAGAUUGGCAAUAUAGCUGAAGAAUUGGCCAAGAAAACUGAAGAUGCUGCCCGGCAACAGGAAGAAAUCACACAUCUUCUUUCUCAGAUAGUUGAUUUGCAGAAGAAGGCAAAAGCUUGUACAGUAGAAAAUGAAGAACUUGUACAACAUCUGGGAGCAGCUAAAGAUGCCCAAAGGCAACUCACAGCAGAAUUACGAGAGCUGGAGGACAAAUAUGCAGAGUGCAUGGAAAUGCUUCACGAGGCGCAAGAAGAGCUGAAGAACCUUCGAAACAAGACGAUGCCAAAUGCCAUAUCACGCCGUUACCAUUCACUAGGCCUUUUCCCCAUGGAUUCUUUGGCAGCUGAAAUUGAAGGCUCAAUGCGAAAAGAACUUCAUCUGGAUGAUCCUGAAUCCCCCGACUUAACCCAUCACAAGAGAGUCUUUGAUACAGUACGAAAUGUCAAUCAGGUGGUAAAACAAAGAUCCCUAACUCCAUCUCCAAUGAACAUCCCAGGAUCAAAUCAGUCUUCGGCAAUGAACUCAGUUAUUUCUAGUUGUGUCAGCACACCACGGUCCAGUUUCUAUGGAGGAGACAUCUCUAAUAUCGUGAUAGACAACAAAACUAAUAGCAUCAUCCUAGAAACAGAAUCGACUGACUCUGGAAAUGAUGAAAACAACAAAAAACCUGGAACCCCAGGGACACCUGGUUCCAGUGACCUUGAAAUAGCCCUUCGGAGGCUGUCUCUUCGAAGAGAGAACUAUUUGUCAGAACGAAGGUUCUUUGAAGAAGAACAAGAAAGAAAGCUGAGAGAUUUGGCUGAGAAGGGAGAAUACCAUAGUGGCUCCAUUACUCCAACAGAGAGCAUCAUGUCGUUGGGAACUCACUCCAGGUUUUCCGAAUUGACUGGAUAUUCGGGAAUGUCGAUCAGCAGUCGCUCAUACCUCCCAGAGAAGCUCCAGAUUGUGAAGCCCUUAGAAGGUUCUGCCACUUUGCACCACUGGCAGCAGCUUGCCCAGCCUCACCUGGGAGGCAUUCUAGACCCAAGGCCAGGGGUUGUUACUAAGGGCUUCCGGACUCUGGACGUUGACCUGGAUGAAGUAUACUGCCUUAAUGAUUUUGAAGAAGAUGAGUCAGGUGACAUUGCAUACAAGGGCCUAGCUACCUCGACGCCGAUUCAGCACACUGAGACCUCAGGUGAGAGGUCCCAAGCACAAGUGACUGUUUCAGACAGCGAGAAUUACCCAAGUCGCUCUCAGGCUUUUCCAGAGGAGAUGCAGGAACCCGCGACUGACGAUGAUGAGGGGUCUGUACAUCAUCCGGGGAAGUGCAUGUCACAAACCAACUCCACCUUCACCUUCACCACCUGCCGCAUUCUGCACCCUUCAGAUGAGCUCACACGAGUCACUCCAAGCCUUAGUGCAGCACCUACUCCAGCUUGUAGCAGCGUUGGCAAUUUGAAAGGCACCCCAGUGGCUACCCCGUGCACACCUCGACGUCUGAGUUUAGUGGAAUCUUCCACUAACCUUCGGGAGUCCACAACUACGAUGAGCACAUCCUUGGGGCUGGUGUGGCUACUCAAGGAACGUGGGAUAUCUGCGGCAGUGUACAACCCUCAGAGCUGGGACAGAGUUGGCAGAAGCUCCCUCCUGAGCACAUACUCUCCCAAAAUGUCUGCCAUUCCUUCCACUCCUCCAAACUCACCUAUGCAGACACCAUCUUCUUCCCCGCCAUCUUUUGAAUUCAAAUGCACGAGUCCUCCUUACGACAAUUUCCUUGCUUCCAAACCAGCCAGCUCCAUCCUGAAGGAGGUGAGAGACAAAAAGAGUAUCAGGAACAGUGAAAGCCAGACUGAUGUAUCUGUCUCCAACCUUAACCUAGUGGACAAAGUAAAGAAGUUUGGAAUUGCCAAAGUAGUAAGUUCAGGGCAGCCACAAACUCCUUCACUAAUGGAUGAACACGGACCUCGGCUUUGUGGGGCACAAAGGCCAGUUAAAGCAUUUGUUCCUGGAGGCCUGAUGCCAGAAGGCCUGCCCUUGGGUUGUCCUGCUGUAACACAUCCUAUUGGGAGCAUUCAGUUGAACAGUGGCAUUAGGAGGAAUCGAAGCUUCCCAACGAUGGUGGGUUCCAGCAUGCAGAUGAAAGGACCAUCAACAUUAACACCUGGCAUCCUAAUGGGAGCUAAGCUUCCCAAACAGACGAGCUUACGAUGAGUGACCUACCAAUCACCCUCCUUCAGACAUUUUUUAAAAAGAUUUUUCUUCCAUUUGCUGUUGAGUUUAACAAUUCAAUUUUGUGCCUAAUGGAGGGGGGAAUGUGUAAACUUUGUACAUGAAUGUAAAUAUGUACCAGAUGUAUAAUAAGUGAAUCAUGACAUGGUUUUGACAAUUUAACAUGCUAACCUUUUGAAAGGCUGUGUUGUUUUUCUUUGCACUGAAAAAAAAAGCAAUCCUUGGUUGAAAAAAAUGAUGCGUUUUUUUCUAGUUAACUUAGCUUGACCUUGCACCUCCUCUGGAAGGGGUUAGCGAUCAUGCUAUCAGAAUUGUGGAAUGCUAAUGCACAUAGUAACUUCCAUGAACACAAAGAGACUUUGUUGUACAUCAAAGCAGUAACUUAGCCUUUUGACCGUUUUAUUUUGCCUUUGUGGAGGGCAGGGAGUAUCCCAGCUCCUGGCUCAUUUGCCUGACUUAUUUAAACUUUUUUUCCCCUUGACACAAUACACUUGAAAUAAUUGUGUGUUGAGAAUGAUUGCUAAGCCUGCUCGAUGCCUGGAAAGAGAACACACUUCUGCUGUUGCUUAUUGCACAUCCAUGUUCUGUGUUAAUUUUAUUUUCAAUGCUGCACUAGAGUGUGGAAGGAAGAGCGUGUUUUGUUGCAGACACUGAAAACAGAUGCCUCUCAAAAGCAAAACAGACUUCUUGGAAUUAUGUCUUGCUCUGUAAUGUUUUAACCACUUCUAUCUUGGGAGCCAAAGUCAUUGAAAUAAUGAAUUGCAGACAUGGUUAAAAAUCUUAAUUUAAACAAACAUGCUAUAAGAUGUAUCCUUGGACCCAGGGGUCUCCAGAUGUUUUGGCCUUCAACUCCCAGAAAUCCUAACAGCUGGUAAAUUGACUGGGAUUUCUGGGAGUUUUAGGCCAAACCACACGGAGACCUACAGGUUAAGAACCACUGUCUUAGAGAAUAAUUUCAAAUAAUAUUUAACAUGGGUACUCAAGUGAAAAAGAAUGAGAGUUUCAGCUUCUUUUCAUUUCUCCUCUUCCAAUUUGAAAUGUUAACAAGGAUCCUAGACAGAGUUAGAAUAUUUCUGUUUUAACUGGUCUUAUAUCCGUUUCCAUCAAAUCCAAGUUGCAUAGUUACCCAAUAUUACUAGCCAAAGAUUGAAUCUUAUCUACCCUAACAUCUUUGAAAGUAUCCAGCAUUUGGGCUUUUUCUUCAUAACAUAGAACAAACACUAUAUUGCAUGUAAACAAUAUGUGUUUAAGUUUGUGGUCAGUUGAAACAAGCCAAGAUCAAACAGUAGCAGUAGUGUCAACAUGGUGCAUUCUGAUGCAACAUGGAGCUCUGUUUCGUUUCACUUAUCAAAAUAGGAGAAGUUAGGUAAAUGUUGAGCUCAGGACUCGUUGAAACAUUGCUUAGCAUUUUAUCCAAAAACAGACGAAUGUAUAAAAACUUGAAAUGAUGUCUUUAAGGCACUGAGCAGAUCGGAACAGAAUAUAUAACUUGAUACCUGCCAAAUGUUCUGUACCACAACAUGCUUAAGCUCUAGCCGGCAUGGAUAGUGGUUAAGGUAGUGGUUCUCAACCUGUGAGUCCCCAGAUGUUUUGGCCUUCAACUCCCAGAAAUCCUAACAGCUGAUAAACUGGCUGGGAUUUCUGGGAGUUGUAGGCCAAAACACCUGGGGACCCACAGAUUGAGAACCACUGGGUUAAGAUAAGGCAGGCCAUAAUAUCUGGAGGGUACCAGCUUGCCUAGUCCUGAAGAAAAAGUAGAAGAAGAGGAGAAGGAACAUAAUGUACCAUUGAGUUCUUCUGCGAAACCCCUUUGAAAUGAGUGGGAGUUGUACCAAGAUGGCUGUCUACAACUUUGAUUCAUUUCAGCAGGGUCCAGGCAAGAGAACUUCUAUGUGGAGUUAUUUUUUUGAGUUUUAUUUUGGGAGCAGUAUGGGUUGUGCGGUUGGCUGUUGCUGUUCUGGGCUAAUCUGAAACCAAACCCACUUAUUUAUUUUGAUGCCAGUAUUGCACUACAUGUAAUUGCUGUGCAUUGCCAUUGUGCCAGACUGUUACUAAAAUCAUUAGCACUGAUAAUUUUUUGAACUAAUGGAACUGUAGGGUUUUUUUUAUAAUAAGUGACAGAUGAGUCUGUUUUCUUUAAAUGAAGUAGCUAGCAUUGAUAUAGUUGUGAACUUCCAAGAAUGUUAUGAAAAGAUUAAGAGUGGAGAUGAGCACAUGCAGCACCCAUUGCAUGUGUUUUCGGUUUCUAUUUAUUCUACAAACAUUUCAGCACAUUUGCAUUGGCUCUACUUGCCAACUGUAUGUGUGCACUUGACUGCAAGUAUGUAACUUUAUCUUUUUAUCUGAAUGUAUCUUAAUACAAAAUUAAUCAGUUUGAAUAGUUUGAAAAAAAAUCAUGAAUGUAUUAGGACCUUUUGAUGUACCCAGAGAAAACAAUAUCAUUUGUGGAAUAAAAAAGGAGAACCAAAAUAUUAAAUUGGAAAGUAUUGUUCUUUACUCUUCUUAAACAGUAAAUAGCCAACCCUUAUAAAAUGAAGCCAUAGCACGCUGGAAAAUGGCAGUUAUGUUUUCCUCACAAAUGACUAUCAAUAAACCAAUAAAGGUUC